CCUCCUGGCCGCACCAUGAUCCAGCCCGCACCCCGGCUCUCUGUGCCCGCCGCGUUGGCCCUGGGCUCGGCCGCGCUGGGCGCCGCCUUCGCCACCGGCCUCUUCCUGGGGAGACGGUGCCAUCCGGAGCGAUCCCGGCGAGAGAAGCGCCUGCUGCCCCCUGAAGACAGCCCCCUCUGGCAGUAUCUGCUGAGCCGCUCCAUGCGGGAGCAUCCGGUGCUGCGGAGCCUACGGCUGCUGACCCUGGAGCAGCCGCAGGGAGAUUCCAUGAUGACCUGUGAGCAGGCCCAGCUUCUGGCCAACCUGGCACGACUCAUCAAGGCGAAGAAGGCGCUGGACCUGGGCACUUUCACAGGCUACUCAGCCCUAGCGUUGGCCUUGGCGCUGCCCCCGGCCGGGCGCGUAAUAACCUGCGAGGUGAACCCAGAGCCUCCGGAGCUGGGGCGGCCCCUGUGGAGGCAGGCUGAGGAGGAACACAAGAUCGACCUUCGGUUGAAGCCCGCCCUGGAGACCCUGGACGAGCUCCUGGCCGCGGGCGAAGCUGGCACCUUCGACGUGGCCGUGGUGGACGCGGACAAGGAGAACUGUGCCGCCUACUAUGAGCGGUGCCUGCAGCUGCUGCGCCCUGGAGGAGUCCUCGCCGUCCUCAGUGUCCUGUGGCGCGGAGAGGUGUUACAGCCUCAACCGCGGGACACCGAGGCCCAGUGCGUGCGGAACCUGAACGAGCGCAUCCUGCGGGACGCCAGGGUCCACAUCAGCCUUCUGCCUCUGGGCGACGGCCUCACCUUAGCCUUCAAGAUCUAGGGCUGGCCCCCCGAGAGUGGCCUCAAGUGAGGGGACCUGGGAACCCCAGACAUCAACCCUGAGUUCUAAAUUCGACAAUAAAGUGGGGCCUGGGACAAGAUCUUCUCAGCCUCCGUACGUGGCUCUAAAGUGGGGUAGGGAGGGAGGGCCCAGCACUGGCAGGUUCUUCAGCAAAAGGGAGCCUUGAGGUCAUAGGCGUCAUCCCCUCCGUGGCAUUGUCCUGAGGACCACGUGGGACCAGGGCUAAAGCCUGAGUAGGAGCCUCCAGCUGACAGGAGGCAAGAUAUAAAGUUUUGAUUGACCUGGCCACAUACAGUGGCUCAGAGAUCCCAGCUCUUCGGAUUUGCCUCCAUUCCACAGGAUGCUGGCUAGAGCCCCGCCUUGGUCUCCCUCCUACUUAGCUUCCUAGGAGGGUCAAGUGAAUGACGCUCUUGUUUGGCACAGCUAGGACUGGUUGGGAGACCAUAUCUGGAGUCUGACAACAGGAAACAGACCCUACAGCUGACCAGGUUUGUGGCUGGGUACUUUCACAGGUUAUGCUGGUUCUGCUAUCUGCCCAUGUUUUCACAGCACUGUCAGCUCGAUCUCACCUCUACAGUGGAGGCUCUGGUCAGUGGACAUCACUUCUGAAAACCAGGCCACUUGACUUAGACCUGAGGACCACAAGGUUGGAGUAUAUAUCCUGUCCUCCCCCUGAAGUGCUGGAGAAAGGUGAGGGACUGAGUGGGAUCACUGACCAGAAAGGUGUGAAGCAGACAGGCCAACAGGUAGGAGACCAUCAGUACUGCGGUUUUAAGUAAGUUCCCCAGAGGAAGAUGAAGAUAUGGUUAGGCUGUCCGGCACCAACAGGCACCAACAUCUACGAGCUGAGGUGGAGGGAAGCCAGGUGCUUCACUUCUCUCAUCUAAACCUCCCUAAUCCUAAUCCCCUAGGAAGAUAUCUCCAGGCCACAGAUGAAGUAUUCUUCCCACUAACACUGCCUCAGGCAGAAAUGGCAUCAGCCUAGAAGACAAUCAGGUUUUGCCACCACUUGGUUAGGCCUGGGUGCUAUGAGGCUGGAGGCUACUAGAAACAAGGCCACAGGAGACCGUAACAGGCAACUUUCAUAAUCCUAAACUUGGUACGUACCUUACAUUUUAACCCACAGGGCUCUGGGUGUGAACCAACCCUUGUCUCUCCACACAUUAAAGCCUAUUAAGGUUGCACAUGGGGAAGGGGCGCCUGGGUGGCUCAGUCGGUUAAGCGUCUGACUUCGGCCCAGGUCAUGAUCUCACGGUCCGUGGGUUCGAGCCCCGCGUCGGGCUCUGUGCUGACAGCUCAGAGUCUGGAGCCUGUUUCAGAUUCUGUGUCUCCCUCUCUGCCCCUCCCCCGUUCAUGCUUUGUCUCAAAAAUAAAUGUUUAAAAAAAAAGAUGCACAUGGGUAAACAGGCCCAAUUUACUCUUAAAUAGAUCUUUGACAAACUGGUAGCUCACUUGUGCCACACCCAGUCCUGAGCACUGGACCAGGUAAACACAACAUGAGGGAAGGCCACUGGUUAACUAAGGGGCAGCAGGAGGCUUCAGGGGUCGCCAGGCCUGUGACCAGUUCCUUCCCACCAAGCACUGCCAGCAGUUUCUCAGCGGUCUGCUGAGCUACUUCACACCUCUCCUGUGUAUCCCAAAAGCAUGAGGUGUUUUCACACCUAACUUACAGACAUCUUUUCUGUUUUUUUUUAACCUAGCAACAGUGUCUCUCAAAUGGCUCAAAUUCCAACUUUCUGCCAUUAAGUCCUGUCUUAUUCAUACAGGCCAUUUCUGCCAGUCCCUCAAGACAAACACAGUAAGAUCAGAAAGACCCCUUGUUUUUAGAGGAGAGCACAAAUGGGGGGAAGGGGCAGAGAUUGAGAAUCCUAACCAGGCUCCACACUGAGCACAGAGCCCAAGGCAGGGCUCAAUCUAUAACCAUGAGAUCAUGAUCUGAGCUGAAAUCGAGUCAGAUGCCUGACUGAGCUACCCAGGCGCCCCAGAAGGAGCCUUUUUAUCACCCCAGUGUGGAAAGUUUGCUUGGGUUUCUAAUCUCUCAUCAGAUUCUUUCUGACCUAGAAAUAUUCAGCAUGUAUCAUUUUUUGGGUAGUGAGUCUGAAAGUACUUACAUUUCCUUAUCUGUUCUCUCUCAGACUUCAAAUGGUACACUGGGUCUAGUAGUUUCAAUGUGAACAAAUCUCUCCCUUCUCUUAAACUCUGAUCACAUUCUUCAAACUGUCUCCUCCCAUCAAAACACUUGCUCUUUCCUACUAUUCCAACCAGAAUCACCUAUUAAUUUCUAUCAUUCAGUCCAAGUGCAGAUUAAGGGCCAGUGGCCACAAAACCUGAUGGCACGGCUUCUGGUCUCACACACUUAAGCCCGACCCUUUCAGUCAGUGUCUGCCUAGAAUGAAAUGACUGACAUCUGACCGAGGCCCACAUAUUCUCUUCUCAGUUCCUCUGGUUACAGACACCCCACUCCACUUGCCUAUACCUUGUCCCAUCCCACCUAUGGCCUAGCUCAUUUUCCACAGCGAUAGCUUGCAGGGGUGUGGUGUAUGUGGCUAACCUUCAGCACCAUCCCUUCUUCCUUUCUUCAUCACUUACUCUCCACUCCCUUCUGGGGUCAACAGUGAUCCAAUGGAAUUUUGGACAAACUUACAAACUGAAGAUAUAAAGGCAUAUAUCCUCUUAUUUUAUUGUGUCCAAAAAGCUCAUGGAGUUACUUUAGGGACAGAGGACUUAAUGGCACAGAUUUAGGUAAAAAGCAAAAUGCUCACCAGAAAAAUAAAGUACUAACUAGAUACAAGGGAGAUUUGACCCUAGCUGGCAAAUGUUUAACUCUGCAAAUACUUGGAGUCAUUAGUUAUGUAUACUUGUUUUAUUCAUAAUCUGUAAUGUUUUGGGAUACCAAAAGUAACUCUAAUAGUUGAAUUUAACAAAAUUUUUUAACCUCAUCUUAAAACUUCCACUGAUCCAUCUCAUUCAAUGGCAAUUUUCAAUGUUAAUAAGAACAUAAAAACAAACAUGCACACAAUUGCACAGUUUUCAUAAAGGUCUAUUUCAUUAUUGGUGGGUAGCGCAUUUAACAGUUAAAUACAUUUAAAUAAUGUAUAGGUGACUGCACGACUGCAGCAUUGGUAACUAGAUAGAUAA